UAGGAAUUAAAAAAAAAAAAAAAGAAAUGUUUUCAAUCACACCAUUGAAUGUUUGAAAGAGGUUACGUGGAUGGUUUGCCUAAAAUCCAGAACUGAUAUAGCAAUUGUGUUUCUUUAUUUGUGUACAUUAUUUAAUUUUAUUUCGUGUGAAAGAGCGAACGACGGAGUUUCUUCGAGGAAAAUCUCGGGGAAGUAAAUUUUGAUAAUAAAAGAAAAAUCAAUUUUGUAUACAAGAUUGUCGUGUAUAUUUUGCUGAUAUUGUUGUGAAAUUGAGUAGUACUCUUAAAUAUAAAUUAUUGCACAAUAAAAGACAAGAUUAAAAGACAAUUUCAACAUGACAAUUUUAACUAAACCAUCAGUGAAUGAAAAAUCUGAAAAGGUUCCGCUACCUUUUGGAUUAGGCGGUGGACAGGAUGAAGUGGCUAUGCUGCAGAGCAGUAAACUAGGACGUGGAUCGUUACUACAACAACAAAAUUACAGCUCCGAUGUUGAUAAUGAGUCAAUGGUCUUCAAUCGUUCUCCGCAAUUAUCCUGCGUGAAAACAAUUUUAUUAUUCCUUAUUUCGAUGAUUGUUAUGAUGAUGGGUAUUUUGGGUGGCUACACUUUGUAUCGUGCAUAUGCUCCAUCUCACUCCAGCAAACAUUUACUUGCAUCCUGUGAGGUUCCUUACUUUGUAGAUGAUAACAAUACAUUCCCACGUUUCUAUACACAGUCCGAUGAUUUUGAUCUGAACUGGCGUAGCUUGUUCCCACGUAUUACUGCAGAAGAACUAUUGGGCGAUAUAUCUGAUAAUCACUUCUUCCGUGAAAACAUAGAAUUUGAUAUGUCAGAUGACGAGAGCAUUGCAAAAGUCGAUGUGCCAGAUUUCAAGGAUGGUCGCCGUGGACGUUUUAUGCAUGAUUUUAAAGAGAAUCAAUCAGCAAUUAUAGAUACUACGGCUAAUCGUUGCUUUAUAAUGCCAUUGGAUCAUAACACAACUUUACCUCCAAAAAGCUUCCUGGAUUUGAUGCAAAAGAUGGGCACUGGGUACUACAAUGUCGACACUGAACGCGUACGCCGAACUAUGCGCGUGGUUACCCCACCAAUUACAGAUUUAUCACUGAUAUCAGAACGCAUUGCAAAUGAAUGUUUCGACAUGAAAAUUUAUAUGUUGGAGAAUUAUGUGUCCGGAGUCUUCAAACGGGAAAUCAAACCCAUAACUGAUGCUGGAAAGUUUGCCCAGUUCUUUGGAAAGGGUAUUGUCGAAUUUGAUCUUCUAAACAUAAAGGACAUUGAGGAGUACGAAAAUGAUCAUCAAAAAUUGAAGUAAAUUUUACUAAAGCUUUUGUCUGUUAUUAAAAACAUGUGUGCUUCACAGCAUUUCUUUGUAGUUUGUAGACAUCUAUGGUUAAUUGAAAGUAACUUUUUUUAACCAAUCGUAAUUUAAAUUUAAAUUGGAAAUUAUUGUGUUAUGUAGUAAAAUUUUCAAU